AGCGAUUUUAUCCUUUCAUAUUUUUCGUGAAACGGUUUCAAUUUUUCAGCCAAAAUUUUUUUUAGAAAAAUAAUAUUUUAUCGUAUAUUCUGAACAAGAGAACAUAGAAAAUGGCAGAUGAUAACUCAUGGAAGACUCCUAGCUUUCGACAGAGUGUCGUGAACAAAAUUAAUGAGGCAAUUCAGCAAUCCGGGAUGACUUCCAGCAAGAAUGCGCUCGAAAUGGAGAAUCACGUUUUUACCAAGGCACGCAAUAAAGACGAGUAUCUUGGAUAUGUGGCCCGAUUAAUCCUACACGUCAGAGAGAUGAAUUCAAAGAAUAAAAAUCAACAAAAUGCUAACACUAACCAAGACGGUGGUAACUCCGGACAGCAGGGCGGCAUGCCAGACCCUAUAAAUGCUUUGCAAACAUUGGCUUCCCAAGGCACGCGACCACAGAUGAUGGGUGGCCAGAUGGGACCCGGUGGUCCCAUGGGUGGUGGACAGAUGGGAACUGGCAAUGCUUCUAAUUUGCUACAGACUCUGAAUCGUCCUCAAAUGCCCAUGACGGGAGGAAUGGCUGCAAUGCAAGGUGGUAACCGAGUAGGUGCAAUGGGCGGAGCAAAUCAAAUUGGUGGAAUUAUGCCAGGACAGCUCCAACCGGGGCAGCCAGGAAUGCCCAAUCAAAUGGGUGGUGUAAUGGGUCCGGGUGGCAUGAGCGGAGGAAAAAUUGUUGGCAUGGGUAAUCAAGCUCAGAUGAAUCAAAUGAAUCCGAUGCAAAUGCAAGGACAAAUGACUGGAGCAGGAAUACAACAAAGCCAGCAGCAGCAGCAGGGUCAACAAGUUACGCAGGGAGCACCGAAUCAAAUGAAUUCCAUGGGAGGAAUGAGUGGAAUGCAAGUAAAUCCUGGAGGACAAAUGAAUCAACAGUUGAAUUCAGCAGGUAUGAAUCAAGCUGCAGGACAGAUGGGCCAAAUGGGAGGGAACAGUCCGAUGGAUCCUGCAAGCAUGGGUAUUGGUCCUAAUCAAGUUCUUCGACAGCAAAUUCCUCCGGGAAUGAAUCCGAAUCAACAGCAAAUGGGAAUGGGCGGUGGUCAAAUGAAUCAAGGAGCGGGUGGUCCAGGAGGAAAUCUUACACAAAUACAACAACAAGUCGCUUCUCAACAACAGGCCCAGUCCGGUAUAGGCGUCAUGGGUCCUGGAGGUCCAGGAAACAUACAACAAGGAAAUCAGCAGCAGCAACAACAACAGCAGCAGCAGCAGUCUCAAAAUGUUGGCCCGGGACAGAUGAAUACCGGCGGAAUGGGACCGGGAGGAAAUAUACCAGGUAAUCAAAUGGGACCCCAGGGAAAUUUUGUCCCUAUCGGAGCAAACCCGAUGGUACGAAAACCGCAAGACAUGAUGAGUGGAGGCCAAGUUUAUCCUGGUGGUACCGUGCGUAGUGUAACUCCGAAUCAAUUUUUGCGACAAUCACCUUCUCCAUCAGUUCCAUCACCGGUUGGACCAGGUUCUAUGGGCCCACAGUCUCAUCCAAAUCAAAUGAUUCCAAGUCCGGCACUGAUCCCAUCUCCGAGUCCACAAAUGGGAAGUGUGCCACCAAGAAAUAUUGGCCAGUCGCCUGGAUCGAGCCUAAAUACUCCCGGACAGCCAGGUGGAGCCGCACCCAGUCCUUUGAAUCCACAGGAAGAGCAACUUUACCGUGAAAAAUAUAGAUCCUUAACCAAAUAUAUUGAACCACUGAAGCGCAUGAUUGCUAGAAUGGAAAACGAUGACGUGGAUAAGAUCGGAAAGUUGAAACGGUUGUUGGAAAUUUUGUGCAACCCAACACGGCGUAUUCCUUUGGAAACACUUUAUAAAUGCGAAGCUGCUCUCACUAGCCAGCUAGGUUCUAUUCGCGAGACGUCACUUAACAAUCCAUUAGUAGAGGCCGUUUCAGCAAAUCUUCAAAGCCCUCUUGGCAAUCAUACUCUGCAACGGACAUUCCGUCCAUGUUUGGAAGCUUUGUUCGGACCCGAUAUAAAAAAUUUGCCGACUCCAGCGAAGCAGCCUCGUUUGAACAUCGAAGAACCGCUCGGUGUUUGCUCUGGAGGCUCACAAGAAAUUCCGCACCUUUUACAAGGUGAAAUCGCUCGUUUAGAUCAAAAGUUUAAGGUAUCUCUGGACCAGUGUGCCGUUAGUGGAACCAAAACGAUUAAAUUGAUCUGUCAGCUAGAUGACAAACACUUGCCCUAUGUACCGCCGGUUGCCGUUACCAUCCCCGAGGACUACCCAUUUACUUCUCCAAGUUGUACAUUGAUAGAGCAGGAGUAUAAUGCUACGGCUUUUUUGAUACAGGUGCAGAAAUCUUUUCUCGCCAGGAUCUGCAAAUUACCGGAAAUGUUUUCUCUGUCGCACUUGCUGGACACUUGGGAGAUGUCAGUGCGUCAGGCAUGCUCACCCAAUCCGAACUUGGUAGCUCCAAGUGCCACUAGCGUUCUUCUUGGUAUGUAAUUGAUGUUUCAGCAAUUUCCAUACAAUAACCUGCCGCUAUCGGUUUGGUCGUCAUCUGAUUCACAUUUUAUUUCAAGUGUAUUUCACAAUAAAAAAAUUUAUACCAUUAUAUUAUUCAAUAA